AUGGGAGGUAUUGUUGAUAGAUCCCAGUGUGCAACUAUUCACGAUGCCUUAAAAGGAUCCGCGGACGAACUUCAAGGGGACAUAAAUACCAAUAUGGCAGCCCCUUCCUCUUCUCCAGUCCACUUCGACGAGGCAAUAAGGCCAGCCAACGACGUCCAAAUCGCAGAAAACAGAGGAAUGCUUAACAAGGACCACUGUGUCAUAAUUCAGGGCCUCGCAGAGUCCUCCGCCAGUUCCCCCAGGGAACGAAUCGCCGCUGACUUAGAGCAAUUCCAGAAACUCCUCAAUGAAAUGCUGCAACCAACAGAAGAUGUCACAGUCCUAAAGGCGUUUCGUCUUGGUAGCCGUACAAAUGCCGCUCCGAAGACGCGACCACGACCCCUAAAAAUCGUCCUUGGUAGCAAUGAGCAGGCGAAACUAAUACUUUCCAGGCGUUUUUUCAGCCGGACUACUCACCUGCCGAGAGAAUGA